GGCUACGUUACUUCUGGUGCCAUUAUUGGGGUUAAAUUUCCUACUGACUCCUUUUAGACCGGAAGAGAAUCACCCCUGGGAACGUGCCUACGAAGUCGUAUCCGCCGUAACUGCUUCCUUACAGGGCCUUUGUGUAGCGAUACUCUUCUGUUUUUGUAACGGCGAGGUUUUAGCGCAAAUGAGGCGAAAAUGGCAAAUAGCGACAUUUCGCACCAGAGCAAAUUCGUGUACAGUAACCACCGUCUCGGUACGUAAGUUUGUUCGCACGUCUGGGUAUCCAGGAGGAACUGAAGAAAAAGUAUGACUAGGAUCGAUAGGCCGUAGGGCUUCGCAAUGGAUUGCCAGCAGACGAACUUCUAACGCCGUACCUGUAGGCAGCAACGGUAUACCCCCAGCGCAAACUGUUUGAGUAAAAAUCGAACGUCAAAUUAUUCGUGUUUCAUCGAAUGUAAUCCUUUAAGGAUAUGUCAACUGUAAAAAAAUUAUCCUAAUGUAUUAAUUGUACAUAUAGACGCUUAAAAGACCAAGUAACAUUGUAAGGUUGUACGUACCGCUUAACUAUAAAUCCUCAUGAACUGCAUGUACCUGUUGUAAGAAAAAAUCCACUGAGUAUAUGCCUAAGUUUGCUAUUUUGGUAACGGAGGAGUUUUGUAAAAAUUAUUUGUUUAACACGUCGCAUCUUUGUUAUUUGUUAACAUGUUUAAUUUUAAUGAGCGUUAUAAAAUGUGUCCUAAUAAAUAUUUAUAUAAGGA